AUGCAGCAGACCUCCUACUAUUUCGUCCUUCCUACAGUCGCAAUUCUUCUUACCUUUGUGUUGUUUCUACGCUCGAAGGCACGCAAAUCUUCGGUACAGAGGAUUCGUGGACCUCCUAGUCCUUCAUUUCUCUUGGGUCAUGAAUACCUCUUGUUUAAUCGCCAACAUGUAGGCGACAUGGAAAUGAAGUGGUGUCAAGAAUACGGGGCUGUAUACAACACCAAGGGUUGUUUCGGGCAAGACAUUUUGUCCAUCGCCGAUCCCAAGGCAUUGCAGUACAUUUUUCAUUCAUCUGGAUACCGAUUCCCAAAGACACAAGACUCCUACCAUGCUCUACAGGCUUUCAUGGGACAGGGCUUAGUUAGUGUGGAUGGUGAAAUCCACCGACGCCAGCGGAAAAUCCUCGGUCCCGCCUUUGCGACAUCUCAACUCCGACUCUUUUUGACUGUCUUUCAGACAUCUGCAGUGAAGCUUACAGAGAAGAUUAGCGAGCGUGUUGGGGAUGCCAAAGUGCUCAAUGUGCUUGAAUGGACGGGCAAGGCUGCACUAGAUAUCAUUGGCAUUACCUCUUUCAGAUAUCAAUUCAACUCACUGGGCGAUGGAAACACUGAGUUGAUGAAGGCGGUCAAUAAUAUCUUUAGCGAAGCUCUGAGCUCGCCGACAUCCCUAGAGCUUCUGUAUCUAGCGCUUUGGCGUCUACUUCCCAGUUGGCUGCUUAAGCCGCUCGAAUGGCUACCCAAUCGAGAGAUUAUGCGACUGAACUUCUUUAAAAACGUCGCAAUGAAAGUAUCUAGACCCAUUUUCGAGAAACAGCUGAAAGAAGUGGCCGGUGAUGUCAAUCCAGCUGAGAAGGAUGUCGUUAAUGUUCUUGCGAUGUCUCAUCUCAACGAUGAUGCGAAGAAGAAGAUGAGCGACAUCGAAAUCGAUUCUCAGCUAGCGACGUUCAUCCUAGCCGGUCACGACACGACUGCGAAUGCCAUGGCUUGGCUUCUCUAUGAGCUAAGUCUUCACCCAAAGGAUCAAGUAAAGAUCCGAGAGGAGAUUGCGCAAACCAAAGCAAAUGCUCCGGGAGCGCUUACCUCGGAUGAUUAUGAUUCAAUGACUUGGCUGAAUGCUUGUAUUAAAGAAUCUCUCCGUCUUCACCCCCUGGUGCAUGUCCUAUUUCGUGAAUCAGCCCAGGAUGACGUCCUGCCCCUCUCCCAACCUAUCGCCACCUCGGACGGCAAAUUGUGUUCACAGAUUCCUAUUUGCAAGGGCCAGGUCGUUAUGACUGCUUUGUAUUCCUAUAAUCGGCUUCCGUUGGUCUGGGGUGAUGAUGCCGAGGAAUGGAAUCCUAGUCGAUUCCUUGACGGUCGGGAUGCUAAACAAGUAUCUCUUGGAGUCUACGCGAAUUUGCUGACAUUCAGUGCUGGUAUUCGUGGAUGUAUUGGCUGGCGAUUUGCUGUCAUGGAAUUGCAGUCUGUGGUCACGGAACUCCUGAGUAACUUCGAUUUCAGCAUGCCGAAGGGAGCUCCGAGAUUACAGCAUGGUCCCGCCGGUGUGACUUUGGGCCCCAUCGUCCCCGGAAAGGCAGAAGAGGGACCACAAAUCCCGUUACUUGUAACUGCGCUCAACAGGUAGGUCUAGAAGAGGAUGGGCUACAGUGCCGGUGUUUUAGACAUCAGAGUAUUUUUCGUGGGACUCUACAUCAAUGAUUUCAACUUGUUUAUAUAUUAUGGAGGACGUAUACGGUAGACAGAUUACUACUC